GAAAGGUGAAGCCAGCUGGAGCAGAGAGCAGGACACGUUUGAGAGCACUGUGCAGGUUGGCAAACUGCAGGACCUUAUCAACCGGAGUAAGAUGGCGAGGUGUAGAGGACGAUUUGUUUGCCCAGUCAUUCUGUACAAGGGAAAGCACAUCUGCAGAUCAGCGACACUGGCCGGCUGGGGAGAGCUCUAUGGGCGCACAGGCUACAACUACAUCUUCUCAGGAGGUUCUGACGAUGCUUGGGCAGAUGCAGAAGACAUUUCAGAGGAAGAUCCUGCACUUAGAAAUGCAGACUCCCAGCUGUUUGACAAGGUCAGAGGGCACGACAUCAAGCUGCUUCGAUACCUGUCUGUUCGAUAUAUCUGUGACCUGAUGGUGGAAAACAAGAAGGUGAAGUUUGGCUUGAAUGUGACGUCUUCUGAGAAGGUGGACAAAGCUCAACGUUACGCUGAUUUCACGCUUCUCUCCAUCCCAUAUCCAGGCUGUGAAUUUUUUAAGGAGUACAAAGACCGGGAUUAUACAGCUGAAGGUCUCAUAUUUAACUGGAAACAGGAUUACGUGGAUGCUCCAUUAAGUAUUCCAGUGUCUCUGACCCAAUCUCUGAAUAUUGAUUGGAGCGAGUACCAGAGCUGGGACCUCAUACAACAGACACAGAACUACCUGAAGCUGCUGAUCUCCAUCAUCAAUAGUGAUGACGACAGCGGGCUCCUGGUGCACUGUAUAUCCGGCUGGGAUCGAACUCCUCUCUUCAUCUCCUUACUGCGCCUCUCCUUAUGGGCUGAUGGGCUGAUCCACGUGUCCCUGGAGCCAUCCGAGAUCCUCUACCUGACAGUGGCCUACGACUGGUUUCUCUUUGGGCACAUGUUAGUCGAUCGACUCAGUAAAGGAGAAGAGAUUUUCUUUUUCUGCUUCAAUUUUCUGAAGCACAUCACCUCUGAGGAGUUCUCUGCUCUGAAGUCGCAGAGGAGGAAGAGUUUGCCACCAGGCUUCACCCUGGAAGAGAUCUGCAUGCUCAAGCAGAGAGACCGAGGCAGCACCACAAGUCUGAGCAGCGACUUCUCCCUGGGGAUGGAAAGUUCCCCUGGAGCAGCUGGGAGCUUCACCUAUGAAGCAGUGGAGCUGAUGCCAGCAGGAGCACAGGCUCAAGCAGCAUGGAGGAAGAGCUGUGCGUCGUCACCACAAGCCACGCUCUGGAGCAGGGCACAGCAGUCUGAAGACAGGCUGUCUUCUGCAGGGAUGGUUGAAGUCAAGUCCUCCAGCUCAUCCUCAUCAACCCACUCAGAUAACUUCCUGAGGAUUGGAAGCAGCCCACUGGAAGUGCCCAGAUCGAG